UGGGUGGACAGGAGAGGGAAGGGGAGAGCUUUACCUCUGGUCUCCCCAGCUGACCCGGAGUAAACCAGCCAGCCAUGGAUGACCGGUCCUCUCUUGGAAAAGUCAGCAGCUCCACAGAGUCCGUGGCCACCGUCACCAGCGAGGAGUUUGUUCUGGUACAGCCCGGUGUCGCCGGGUCACCACAAGGCUCCGAGGGCAAACCAAGACUCAAGAUGUCUUGGAAUGGGAGUGAGCAGCUCGAGAAAGCUAUGGAGGAUGUGUUGGAUGACGAUGAUGAUGAGGUGAAGGUGGAAAAGAGCAAUGUGGAAAAGAUGGAGAAGCACAGGGACCCAGAGAGCCAAGUCCUGGAGCCCCAACCUGCAGAAACAUGUCCAGCACCAUCCACCCCCACAGUGCUAGAGGAGGACAGUGUUCAGUUCAACAAGCUGUCUUACCUUGGCUGCACCUGGGUCAAAGCCCCCCGCAACGAGGCCGAGGCGCAGAGGGCCAUGGCCACCCUGCGGGCCGAGAGCGCCAUCCCCAUCCCCAUCACACUGCACGUGCCCUGUGGCCCCGACGGCUCCGUCAGGUCAGCCAGACACUGAGA